AUGGCUCAACUGGCCAAAGGCGCUUUGGUAGCCCGUUUUGACUACUAUGCUUCAGAGAGUCAUGAAUUAACUGUGCUUGAGGGAGAUCAGCUCACCCUGUUGGAUGACUCAUCACCUUGGUGGAAAGUGAAGAAUGCCAAUGGUGAUGUGGGCUAUGUGCCCAGCAAUUAUGUUAGACCUGUAAGACAGAAUCUCUUUAAAAAUUUGAAAAAUAGUCUUGGACGUCGGAAAGGUACUAGCGUGACCAAAACCUCACAGCUGUAUUCUAAUUGCUCUGGACAACCGUUACCCGAUAAAGGGAUCAAAACUGAAGCCGGUUCUCCAGGUGGUCAUGAAAACGGCACAUUAGGAAGAGCGGUAUUUCCAUUAACGGGUCCUAACCGGUCUACCUUGGAGCAUUCGAAUAAAGCUCUUCGGGCUCUCCACUGUGAAGAAUCCCACAUAUAUCACACGACAAUACCCACAAACAGACCAGUAGUGAACCUUAGUCGCAACUUCAGAGGAGAACCUGCACAGCCAGGUGCCGGAUCAAGGUCUCCGCAGUUCAAUCAGAAGCGCACAACACUAGUCCCGACUUCGGAUGAGACUCUCAUUUCCCCAGUUGCUGCAGAAUUACUUUACCGAGUGAUUGCUUCCUACCAGCCACAACGUUCUGAUGAGCUCCAUAUUAACGCCGGUGACAGGAUCAGAGUAUUGGAAAAGAGUGCAGAUGGUUGGUGGUUUGGUGAAAUUAUGGUCGGGGACCAAGUUCGUUCCAGUGGCUGGUUUCCAUCCAACUACGUGGUUGUUGAUGUCAAAAACAAGAACGUUGGACAUGGCUCUCUAAGAAACUUCCGUCAUCCCGAGAACCGUGCAGUUUCCGUGAUCCCGGCCUUUGCACCAUCCAACACAAGUCCGACUUUUCAUGUCAACGACAAGCCAUCAAAACUUACCGCGAUUACACUUUAUCCCUAUGUUCGCAAUCAUUUGGAGGAGAUUUCAUUUACAAUUAACGAAGUUCUGGAGAUCCUAGAACGUCCUUCGGAAAAUGCCGACUGGAUGCGUUGUCGAAAUGCACGUGGAGAUAUUGGCUGGGUUCCAAGCAACCAUUUGCGGAUACUUUAUCCGUCCUUAGCGGCCGCAGAUAGAAAUCUGUCGAGGAUGGCAUGUCCGACGGCGGUCAAUCCCUACACCCCCAGGACAAGAGGACUUGAACAAAACAUUCAGAACUAUGUGGGGACGCAUCCUCCUCCGUCGGCGCCAUCUCCACCAGAGUCUAUGAUAGACGGAGAAGCUGUGAGGCUAACACAUGCUCUGAAGUCACGUAACAGCGGUGCCCAUUUGCGGAAACCCUGGUUUUGGGGUGCUAUUAAUCAGGCAGAAUGUGAGUACAUUCUGCACCAGUACUCUCAUCCAGGAGAUUUCAUCAUCCGGGAUAGCACCUCUAACCCAAACGACCUAACUAUUGUUCUGAACUCAGGCAACUUGAUUCGAAACUUCCGAAUUACCGUGAGCAAUGGAUGUUAUCACAUUGGAAUGCGAGUUUUUCCAAGUGUUGAGGAGCUCAUCUUCCAUUUUCAACGGCACUACAUCUUUACUUCCAAAUUUGAGAGCUGUUUUCUUGUUCGACCUUUUGCCCACCCGGGCUUCUUGCAAUCUUCGUGGUACGCUGUGAACGAACAACUCAUACCUCCAGUCUACACGCCUGUUUUUCGACCAUACGAAGCGGUCUGUGGCACACAGAUGCAUUCAGCACGAACGCUAUCGCGGUAGAUCGAAACCUUGCCUAUAGCCACUGCUUUUUGCCUUUCUAUUUGUUACUUUAACUAAUCUAUGCAAUGCUUUUUAACUUGCAUGAGAUCUUCGUGGCAUUUCGUCCUAAUUUUUUUUAACUUGGCACAUGUUUGUAUAAAGAAAAAUAUAUGAUUGGCAACUGGGAUA